CAGAGUCUAUGGAUGUGUUCUCGGAGCUCCGCAGAGAGAGCGUAGUACCGGUGGAUGUGUGAGAGUUUCCCCGGGCUGCGGUGACUCUCAGGCGGCCCCGCGGUGAAUGGGACUCCGCCGGUCGGUCCGCGUCUGCUGGAGGAAACAUGCGGAGCUGCCCGGUCCUCCCGGUUUUCCCGGUUCUCCCGGUGCUGAUGCUACUGCUGCUGAGGCUCUGCAGCGGCACAAGUUUCCCAAGUAACAUCCACAUAGGAGGUCUCUUCCCCUCGGCCUCCCAUGAGUACGAGGUGUUUCGCUUCGCCCUCGCUCAGCAGCAGGACAUCCCUAAGCUGGUCCCUCAGGUGGACAUGGUGGACACCGGCAGCAGCUUCGCCAUGACCUACGCCU